AUGACCGACUGCAGAAACAGAGGGAUGAGGACUCGCCUGGGCUGUCUGUCUCACAAGUCAGACUCAUGCAGUGACUUCACAGCUAUCCUCCCGGACAAACCAACCCGGGGUUUGAAAAGAUUGUCCACAGAAGAAGCUACCCGAUGGGGAGAUUCUUUUGAUGUUCUCCUGACUCAUAAAUAUGGAGUGGCUGCAUGUGCCUUUCUGAAGACAGAAUUCAGUGGAAACCUGGAGUUCUGGCUGGCAUGCGAGGAAUUCAAGAAGAUACGGUCCACUACCAAACUAGCUACCAAGGCCCACCGGAUUUUUGAAGAAUUUAUCGAUGUGCAGGCACCACGAGAGGUAAACAUUGACUUCCCGACCAGGGAAGCCACAAGGAGGAAUCUAGAAGAACCGUCACCAUCAUGUUUUGACCAAGCCCAAGGGAAAAUCCACAGCCUUAUGGAAAAAGACUCCUACCCCAGGUUCCUGAGGUCCAAAAUGUAUACAGACCUGUUGUCUCAAACCCAGAGGAGGCUCAGCUAA